AUGGAUCAGGAAAUCCCGCAAACUAAUGAGAACUUCGAUUUUAAUGUCUCAGUGUUCGGAUAUGAUGGUGCCGUUCAUGGUGACCUGGAAGCUUUUAUUCCUCGAAUUAUUGGUCCAGGCACAGACUUUACAUCCAGCGUUGGAUUGGCGAAUGGAUAUUAUGAACCUCCAUCGAUCUUCUACCGUCCGAAUGAACCAGUACAGACAUAUCUGGGCCCCAGCUCGGGUCAAUUUUGGCCUAGUGGAGUUCAUGCUCCUGCCGACAAUGUCUCGAUAGCCCACAGCCCUGAGUUGCGUGGUGUACAAGACCGGCUCCAAGAGGCAUUGUCCCUAGUGAAUGAAUUAAUUUCGCCGCACCAAGGGCGGGAGCAAAACGCAAAUGACGAAGACAAGAGGUUCCGGUGCAUUCUCUGCCCACAACCGUUGUUCUGCAAGAACAAAGGAACGUUCACGCGUCAUAUAACGACGACGCAUUACCCCAGUAAACGUUACUUCUGUCACAUUUGCAACCAGGAUUCGAACCCUACAUCGUUCCUAAGGAAAGAUAAGCAUCUACUGCAUAUGAGGCAGCAUGGCCAGCCAAGAAUGAGCAGAGAGGCAAUGGAAGAAGUGACUGAGCACCUCCCCCCACCCGAAAACUGUGCAAUCACCGAGUGCGAACAACCUAUCCGUACCUGGGAAGACUUCAUCAAUUGUCUUUGCCGACACUGUGCGAUACCCGACGAUUGGGACCACGACAAUGGAUCAGAUGGAGAUGACGGCGAUGAUGAUGAUAACAAUGGGGAUGGCGGAAAUGGUGGCGGUAACCGCUAUUUCCCUCAGUCCGGCAACGGGAAUUAUGGGAACACGUCAAACGGGGGCCCAUAUGGUCACUAUAAUUACGACCAGUUUGGUGACUUGAGCGGACGAAGCGGUAUCAAUCCACAUCAGUAUCGUGGCGUAGCCAACGGCGGAUCUUCCAAACAGGGGGGCUCUCAGGUGCUGGAUUUGAAGGACGUCCCGACAGGACCAGGUCGAGCCGGAGUAGCACAAUCAAAGUCAACCUUCACAGAUCUCAAGGAUUCGCAACCACACACCAAGAAUCCGUCCGCAUUGUUGUUCGGCAACGACAGCCUUUGUCCCGAGACCUUCAGAGUAGAAGUCUCUCUCCGCCUUGGCGACUCUACUCGUAAAACCUGCAGCGAUCUGGGCAUGAAAGAACCCCAGGAGAAGUCCAGCUUCGGAAAGCAAGUAGUGUCGAUUUCAGUGAACAACGAAGUCUCCCGGGAGCUUCAGAGGUUGAGGUACUUUGAGACCUGCAUCCUUGAGAAUCAAAAACAAGGGUCUCUCCUGACCUAUGUCCACGAAACGUUCGUUGUAUCGCAACAUGGGUACUUCGAGCAUGUCAUUGAGUCCUCAAUGCAGACAACAAGACGGGCUUCGCCUAAAAAGCGGGCGCAUCUGAGAGUCCGCGUUAAAGCAAUUGCAGGGGUGCUUGCUUUGCGCGCAGCAGUCACUAAGGCACCACUUGCAACGGAUAACGCAGAAGUGGAGGAUGGCUGGGAGUUAGGAAUCCCUUACCCAGCCCAGGACGACGUGUUCAAGGUCCUGGCUUGGUUGGUGCAGGUUCUAGUGUUCUUCCUGAGGAUGCCGCCGAACCCCAGAAUAUACGUGAUGUUAGCAUGCGGCACUCUUGAAGCGCCUAGACCGCACUGAACUAUCCAGGCACUUGGUUUCAGGUUCUUUCGGUCUGAAUUUCGGUUUAUGCAAUAGAUCCCGUUAUUUCUCUCA